AUGCCUACUCAAAUAUCCGAAUCCGAACAACAGCAACUCAUCGAAAAGCUCGACAUCUUCAGAAUCAAAGGCAGAGACAAGCGCGGCCGCUCUAUCCUUCGCAUCAUCGCCAAAUUCUUCCCAGCGAGGAUUGUGAGCGUGGAUGCUCUGCGCAAAUAUUUGGAGGAGAAAAUAUUUCCAGCAUUAGAGAAGAAGCCGUUCGCGGUGUUGUACGUGCACACCGGAGUUCAAAGGUGCGAGAACUUCCCCGGAAUCUCCGCCGUCCGAUCAAUCUACGAUGCGAUCCCGAUCAACGUCAAGCGCAAUCUCGAAGCUGUGUAUUUCCUCCACCCUGGCCUGCAAGCCCGCCUCUUCUUAGCCACGUUCGGCCGCUUCCUUUUCACCGGAGGGGUGUAUGGGAAGCUGAAGUACGUGAGCAGGCUCGAUUAUCUGUGGGAGCACGUGCGGAGGAGCGAGAUUGAGGUGCCUGAGUUCGUGUACGAUCAUGAUGAGGACUUGGAGGACCGUCCGAUGAUGGACUACGGAUUGGAGAGCGAUCAUCCGAGGGUGUACGAUGCGCCCGCGGUUGAUUCGCCUGUGUCUAUGUACUCCAUGAGAUGCAUCUCAUAG